GAUGUCAUCAAUGAAAAAUGUUGUAGUCAAGUGGAGAUCCUUGGAAGUGAAAAGCAUACAGUGAAGCUCCCGAUCCGAAGUGAAUUGGCCUCGACUGAUGCCAAAUGGGAUGGAUCAAACUUAAAUACAUUAAGACAGGAGAAAGAUUUCUCAGAUGCGAUGAUGCAGAAUAUAAUGGUUGCAAAUGUGAAUGAUGACCUUGGUAAAGAAGUGAGUGAAGAAAUAAUGCAUGAAGAAUUAAGGGCUCACUUGAAAGAUUACUCUCCUCAAAGUGAUGAGAAGGUUGUGCAUGGAAAUAUGGAAGCUAGAGUAGUGAGUGUAGUAAAGACACAAGGUGGGAUGCAUGGCAAAACUAAUGGGAGUUUAGGGGAGGAUUCAUUGCUUAUUCGAUCAAACCACAAGGUGAGCAAAACUCAUAUAAAAAUUGAACCACAAGAGGAUGAUCAAUCUGAGGCCUACAACAAUUCAAUUUUGUCGUCUAUAAAGUCAAGAUAUGGGGUAUUGUUGGAAAAUGAAUGGCCGUUGUUUGUUAAGCUUGAAUACAUUUAUGGGUGUGGAGAAAAGUCUGCCAAGAAAGAAACUCAUCUAGCAUUGAGCGAUGCAAAUAAAAGUCUUGUUUCUGCUCCAAGCAUGAAGGAGGGUGAGAUCUUGAUGGUAGUAACACAGUCCAAUGGCAUUCCCACUCCAUCGGAAAGCAACCGAGAGUUCAAGGGAAUGACCAGGAAGGAUCUAAGGGCCAUUGCAAAGUUACACAAGGUGAAAGGAUGGUACCGCCUAAAGAGGUCAGAGUUGGAAAAGAUCUUGCACAUCAUUCUGCAUGCUAAAAAUUCUGCCCAUAUAUAAUAUAAUAUAAUAUACACCAGGCCAGGCUUUUGUUGUUUUACUCAUUUGUAUGAUGCAUGUAGUAGCUCAAGAAGAUGGAAACUAUGUUAUUUCAUGCAUGCGACUAUUGUUUGUG